AUGACUAGAAUUCAAUUAGCUAAGGCUAUAACUCGGCCGCUGGCCACCACCUCUUACUCCAUCAUCCCUCAACGAUCACUCCAACUCCAACAGUUCAAGGAUAAACAUGCCGAGCAUCAGAAAAGAAACAACUCCUCAAAAGCCACUCUUACUCCCCACCCUUAUCCAGCCACUUUGGCCGAUACCAAGCCAAACAACAUGAUCGACUAUGCCUUAACGUCUGUCGAUAAGUUGGUCAACUGGGCUAGAAAUGGCUCAAUGUGGCCCGUGACCUUUGCACUCGCCUGCUGCGGUAUCGAAAUGAUGCACGUCUCGAUGCCACGAUACGACCAAGACCGGCUAGGCAUUAUCUUCCGUGCCUCUCCCCGACAAUCGGACGUUAUGAUCGUUGCCGGAACCCUCACAAAUAAAAUGGCCCCUGCCCUCCGACAGAUAUACGACCAGAUGCCCGAGCCUCGCUGGGUUAUCAGCAUGGGGUCUUGCGCCAACGGUGGCGGAUACUACUACUACAGCUACAGCGUUGUAAGAGGUGUUGACAGGGUAGCACCGGUCGAUAUUUACGUUCCAGGGUGUCCUCCAACUGCCGAGGCUCUGAUGUAUGGUAUCUUUCAGUUGCAGAGAAAGAUUCGCAAUAGUAGAAAAUCGAGGAUGUGGUAUCGAAAGAAGUAG